UAGAGGGUUUCGUCUUGAUAAAACAAUAAACGGAUAGUAAAAGAAAACACAGCAGUUACACAGCAAAACUUUGAGAUGGUCAAACCAGCUGUUAGCGGCUUCAAAAACCAGAUACCUUCAACUGAAAGAAUAAAUACCGUCGUUGUUUAUCCGAAAGAAGAAAAAAAUAUUUUCAAAAUGACCCCGACUAGGGUGAGAUCUCGAAGCAGCACAAAAUCAUCUCACCGUGGGGGUAGAGAUAGAUCAACUCGCAAACAUAACCACCCACGAUACCGAGAAAGCCGAGAGCCAUCCAUUGCAAGCCGACUGAGUCAGACCCUAGUGACAGGGUUCGAAAGGAUUAUAGAAAGGUACGACGGUCAGAGCAGACGCGGGGAACCCCAAAUCGAUAUCUCCCGGAAUAUUAUUUCAGAUUUUAAACCACUAAUACAUAAUUUAAGUGAUUGGUUGCAUUCUGUAGACGAAUUUGCUAACAUGUACGGAUGGUCUGAUAUGGUUACUAGUUAUUUGGCGUUAAAUAAACUGAAGGGUCCUGUAGAGAUUUGGUACAGAGGGCUACCUACGAGAAUGUUUAGGUGGUUAGAGUGGAAAGAUCUGUUGCGAGGAAAUUUUAGGCAAAAACGCAAUUUGCAUAACUCCCUAAUAGCUAUGAUGAAUUUUCUUCUGGAGGGCAUUUUGGAUUUGACAAGACCCUUGGAAGGGCAUGUGCACGAUAUUAUUGUCAAUUGGAAGGACAUUGAAGGCUGGUAUAGGAAGUACACGAUUUAA